ACGCAAUUCAGAAUUCCCAAAUGACCAGCCAGUACCACCGCCCCCUCCUCCCUUUUCUUCCUGUCCAUCCUUGGCGGGCGCAUAUCUAGAAAAUAUGAACAAAGCCCAUAAAACUUCUUUUAUUCUUCUUCUCAUGAUGAUAUGGCAAGGAAUGGGUUACGUGAAUAUCUUGUUGGAGAUCUGUCUGUCCCCAACUCCUCCCCCUUCGCAAAGUUAUUAGAUUCAUGCCUUCAUUCAAAAUCCGCACCAGAAACGCGCCGUAUUCACGCCCGCCUCAUCAAGACCCCAUUUUCCUCAGAAGUAUUUAUCCAAAAUAGGCUAAUUGACGUCUAUGCAAAGUGCGGGUGCUUGGACGAUGCGUGUAAAUUGUUUGAUAGAAUGCCGGAGAAGAACACGUUCACUUGGAAUUCAAUUAUAAAUGCACUAAUUAAAUCGGGUUUUAUUGAUGAGGCUGCGCGGUCGUUUGGAUUGAUGCCUAACCCUGACCAGUGCUCAUGGAAUUCCAUGAUAUCGGGUUUUGCACAGCACGAUUGUUUUGAGGAAGCUCUUGAAUAUUUUGUUGGGAUGCAUAAGGAGAACUUUAUACUCACUGAUUACUCAUUUGCUAGUGCUCUUAGUGCUUGCGCGGGAUUAACUAAUAUAAAAAUUGGUGCCCAAAUUCAUGCUUCGGUAUCAAAGUCUCCGUACUCAUGUGAUGUUUAUAUGGGUUCUGCUCUUAUUGAUAUGUAUUCUAAAUGUAGUAGCGUGGCCUCGGCUCAGAAAGUUUUUGAUAGGAUGAGCCAGCGGAACAUUGUCUCUUGGAACAGCUUGAUCACGUGUUACGAGCAAAAUGGUCCGGCAAGUGAAGCUUUAGACAUACUUGUGAGGAUGAUGGAUUCUGGGUUUGAACCAGAUGAGGUCACACUGGCGAGUGUGGUUAGUGCUUGUGCAACCUUGUCAGCAGUCAAGGAAGGCCUACAAAUCCACGCCAGACUUCUGAAAUUCGAUCAGUUCAGGGAUGAUCUCAUUUUAGGGAAUGCAUUGGUUGAUAUGUACGCAAAAUGCAAUAGAGUAAAUGAAGCCAGAUGGGUUUUUGAUAGGAUGCCAAUCAGGAAUGUGGUGUCUGAAACCUCUAUGGUAAGUGGGUAUGCUAAGGCUGCUAGUGUGAAAGCUGCAAGAUCAAUGUUCGCAAAGAUGGUGGAGAGGAAUGUGAUAUCUUGGAAUGCACUUAUUGCUGGUUAUACACAGAAUGAUGAGAAUGAAGAGGCACUCAGACUUUUUGUGCGAUUAAAUAGGGAAUCUGUUUGGCCAACACACUACACCUUUGGCAACAUUCUAAAUGCUUGUGCAAAUCUUGCUGAUAUGCAGCUUGGCAGGCAGAUUCAUUCUCAUGUUUUGAAGCAUGGAUUUCAGUUCCAGUCUGGGCCUGAAGCUGACAUUUUUGUAGGGAACUCUCUCAUAGACAUGUAUGUGAAAUGUGGAUCAAUUGAAGAUGGAUACCGAGUCUUUGAAAAAAUGAUAGCAAAAGACUGGGUUUCAUGGAAUGCGAUGAUUGUAGGGUAUGCACAAAAUGGGUAUGGCUCUAAAGCUCUGGAAAUUUUCAGGAAAAUGUUGGUUUCUGGGGAGAAGCCAGACCAUGUCACUAUGAUUGGGGUUCUAUGUGCUUGUAGCCAUAUGGGAUUAGUUGAAGAGGGAUACCAUUAUUUUCUCUCAAUGAGCAGGGACCAUGGUUUGGUACCACUGAAGGACCACUAUACAUGCAUGGCUGAUUUGCUUGGACGAGCUGGGUUCCUCAAAGAAGCAAAAAAUUUAAUAGAAACAAUGCCAAUGCAGCCUGAUGCUGUUGUCUGGGGUUCCUUGCUUGCUGCUUGUAGAGUUUAUAGCAACAUUGAGAUGGGGAAAUAUGCUGCAGAGAAGCUAUUAGAGAUUAAUCCUGAAAACUCAGGUCCUUAUGUUCUUUUGUCAAACAUGUAUGCUGAGCUAGGAAGAUGGGGAGAUGUUGUAAGAAUAAGGAAAUUUAUGAGGCAGCAUGGGAUCCUUAAGCAGCCUGGUUAUAGUUGGAUUGAAAUACAGAGUCAAGUGCAUGUUUUUAUGGUUAAGGAUAGAAGUCACCCUCAAAGGAGGGAAUUAUAUCAACUUUUGAAAAUACUCACCAAACAUAUGAAUCGAAUUGGGUAUGUCCCUGAUUUUAGUGACUUGGAGGCCCAUGAGGAACAAAGUGACUCAGAGUUUUUCUUGUGUAACCAGAUGGAAAUUUCAGCAUUUGCUGCUUAUUGAUGAUUCAUUUUAAACAUUAGUUCUCAAAUGUUUUUUAAAUGCUUCCUCCUAGCAAUGCUUUUGAACAAUAACUGUUAAAACUUGUAUUUUCCCUUUUUGCAUGUACAAUACUUGAUGCCAAAUGAUAUUGUCCCUCGCAAGUUGCUCCACCCUCUUUACUUGUUCUUCGUGCUUGUUUUUAUCUUACUAUCAUAUAAGCAAAAGUCCACAAUUUGUAG